GCUCGGCCCAGGCUGGCAGCGCCUAUCGGCGAGAGCCCGGCCCCCUGUGGGCAGGGGCUCCUCCGGCCGGCCCGGCGCAUCGCCGCACCCGGGCCCGGCGCUCGCCAUGGCUUACCAGGAGCGGGUCCGCUCGCUGGCGGACACCGUGCAGCUCUACCGGAAGGACCCGAGUGGCUGGCAGAGCUGUAAGCGCACGAAUGAAGUUUCAAUUUAUUGGAGACCAUCAACUGAGUUUUCUGGCAACAUAUACAAAGGAGAUGGAAUAGUCUCUGCAAGUCCUGAGGCUGUCUGGGAGUGCUUAAAACCAGAAGCUGGUGGACUUAGAACAAAAUGGGACCAAAAUGUGAAGGACUUUGAGCUGAUUGAAACUAUUAGUGAUACUAUCUCUAUAUGCAGAACUAUUACCCCAUCAGCCUUCAUGAAGAUUAUUUCUCCAAGAGAUUUUGUAGAUGUGGUGCUAAUUAAGCAGUAUGAAGACGGGACUAUAGCAUCUGCUGCAACCAAUGUGGAACAUCCACUCAGUCCUCCCCAACCCACAUACGUUAGAGGGUUUAAUUAUCCCUGUGGCUGUUUCUGUAUACCUGUUCCAGGGGUACCAGACAAGACCCAAGUCCUCACUUUCUUUCAGACUGAUCUUGGUGGCUAUCUUCCCCAGACUGUAGUGGACUCAUUCUUUCCGAGCAGCAUGGCUGGAUUUUACAGCAAUCUGUCCAAAGCGGUAAAGACAGUGAAAACUCGACCGGCAUUUUCUCAAAGGAAAUACGAGUCUCGUUGCUGAAACUUAGAAGGGAGGGUUCGAAAAGCUAUGAUUGGUGGCAUUACAGAUUAGAUUAAGAUAAAAAUGGAAGAAACGAUGGGAUCAGAAACCGACCUACAAUGCCUUUCUAACAAUAGAGAUAGGUAGGAAAGUUGAAGUGGGAACAGUUCCUUGUCUCAAAGUCCAUUUUUAAUAUAGGAUUUAUAAUUUUUGUACCUGCUUUUCUGUUUAAAAAUGCACUACCUUGUGAUACUGUAUUUUUGUAACUAUUAAAAUAAGUGACAUUAUUCCAGCAGUAUUCCAGAGGAAAUUCUGCUGCCCCCUCCUGGAGGAGAAGCCACACUUCAGGCCUGUUUAUGAUCAUACUUCAUCUGUGUAAACCAGGUUACUCCUGAGGGAAUUCUGCCCCAAAAAUUUAAAAUUCUGCGCUAAAAAAUUUCUGCACACAAUAUUUUAAAAUUCUGCAAGUUUUAUUUGUCAGACAAAUGUGGAGGCUCCAGCAUGGCAGUGGGGAGCACAGGUCACUUGCUGUCCAGCCUCCCUCCCCACUCCCAGGACACUGACUCGUGGUGAGGUUGCACCCAAUCCUGACACAGCACCAGGGCAGGGCCGGCCUCAGAAACACCCCAGGGCCCUGAUCCUCCAUGCCAGAUGUACCAGGUGUGGGGCAAGCAGGCUCAACCAGGCAGGAUCCAAGUGUGGAGGGGCUCGGUGUGGGGUGAGAGGGUUCUGUAUUGAACAAUCUGGAUGCACAGAGGCUCUUUGGAGGGGCGGUUCCAGGUGCAGGUGGUUGGGGCUCAGCAGCGGGUCUGGGUGUGGGGGACUCAGUGGGGGGGGGGAGUCUGGGUGCUGGAGGAGUGGGGCUUGGGGAUCCAGGUACAGCUAGCUGGGGUUCAGUGGGGUGGAGGUCUGUGGGGGGGCUCGUCAGGGGAUGCAGUUGCAGGGGGUGGUCUGGGUGCAGAGGUGGGGGUCUGGGUGCAGGGGUUUAGAUUCAGCGGGGUGAGGUUCAGGUAUGGAGGGCUCUGGGGCAUCUGGGUGUACGGGGUGAGGCUUGGGGGGGUCUGAGUAUGGGGGGUUCAAUACAGGGGGUUGGGCGGACAGGGGAGCAGCUCCCCGUACAGCGACCCUCCCCUGUGGCUGAGGAGCGAUGCUGGCAGGAAGCAGGAGAGGAUGCUGAGCUUCCUACAGCCAGGGAAGGUUUCUGGGGGUGGGUCUAGCAGCUGAUCCCAGGUCAGGGUAAGAGCCACUAUAGUGAUUUACCUCUCCAUGAACUGCUCCAGGUGCCUGAAAUGAUGUGCCUGCACUGCUAGGGAAGGGUGCGUGACCACUCUUGCAGCUUCCCUUUGCUUCCCUGUCAGAAAAUCAUUUUUCUGCGGGGAAGCAAAGAAAUCUGCGGGGGACAUGAAUUGUGCGCAGUGGUGCAGAAUUCUCCCAGGAGUGAAACCAGGAGCAGCUCUGCUGAAGUCAAUAUAGUUCCAUCAGUAUAAGUGAGAUCCGAGGGAGCCCUGUUAUAUCUCAGAUUCUACCUAAUGACCCAUAUGAAACAAUGUUCCUUUCUGAAGGGGGAAGCUAGCUCCUUUGCUGCUGACAUCAAUAUAGUUUGAGAUAUUAGAUUGGGACCAACCCCAAAAAUGGGAUAGACCACAAUGAAUUGGGUAGGUGAGAACCUAUGGACCCACUCAUUCUAGACUAUAAGGGCCUGAUUCAGCAUGCACUGAAGUUCGACUGAGUUCAGUGCUAAUGUUAAGCAUAUACUUAAGUGUUUUGCUGAAUCAGGGCCUAAUAUCCUCAACCAAUUCACAGAUCCCUGGGCCUUGUCCUCUCCCAUCAUCCCCUUUCUACCAAAAAAUUCUGAUUUACAAAAUGUCAUAAAUCAAACUGCACUGACAUGAUGGCAAUAAAUAAAGAGAUGUAUUAAAGUACUUUACUUGUCAUUUUUCUAACUGCAUUAGAAAUGAUCAUGCAUUUGAACAAUUUUCCAAUAUGUUGUUGACAGUGUUGUGAACUUGUGAAUCGUCCUUUCUGUAAAGUAUUGUGGACUAAUCUUGACUGACUUGUUCAUAAAAGUAAGACAUUCUUGUUUCCGUCUCCAAGACGGACACACCUCAGGGUAUAUCUUAGGAAAUCAGCUAUUUAUGUAAAAUACAGUGAUGUGUGCAGUCUUCAAAGGUAUUUAUAUAUCUGGUUACUUAGGUAAUGUCAGAAGUUAUUAUAAACAGCAUACUAUUCAUUUAUCCUUUUACAAAAGAAAAAAUGAUCAUUUGUGAUUGAGUUGGAAACAUGUUAAUCAGGUUGCAAUUGUAGUGCUUUUACUUUAUUAUGUAUUUAAUUAUGUUAAUACAUUUAAAUUUCUGUUCAUGUGUUGUGGUUUGUGGGACAUUUAUGUACAAAUAUUUCCACUGUAGUUUUUAAUGUAUGUAAUAGAAUUUUAGGGAAGGGGGGUUAAAUUUAGUUUCUUUUGUGACUGAGGCUUUUAAAACUUGCCAGUGGGAGUAGCAAAUUAAAUAAACUAUUUUCUGUUUCA